CCGAGCCGGAGCGCGAGCGGGACCCGCCGACCCCGGGGCCGGCGCCGCGCUGCUGAGCCGAGAGCCGCCCGGCCGCGGGGACUCGGCGACGCCGACAGCUUGGAACCCCGAGCUUUGAGGCGCAGACCCCUCGGCAUGUGCCGUCGCCCUGGCCCGCCCGCAUUGCCGGCCCCGUGUGAGUAGAGCGGGCACAUGGGGUGCUAGCCCCGGGCACCCGCACCGAGCUGCAGGCCCCGCAGCGGCGGAACCGUGGAGAGACCGGGGUACCACAAACUGAUGGAUUUUGACAAGAAAGGAGGGAAAGGGGAGACGGACGAGGGCCGGAAAAUGGCCAAGGCGACCUCUCGCGCAGGCCACAGCGUGCGGAGCGGGAGCCGGCCAGGGGUCCUGAUGGUGGGCCCCAACUUCCGGGUCGGCAAGAAGAUAGGCUGCGGCAACUUCGGGGAACUCCGGCUGGGGAAAAAUCUCUAUACAAAUGAAUACGUAGCAAUCAGACUGGAGCCCAUCAAGUCCCGGGCGCCGCAGCUGCACCUGGAGUACCGCUUCUACAAACAGCUCAGCACUGCAGAGGGCGUCCCCCAGGUGUACUACUUUGGGCCGUGCGGGAAGUACAACGCCAUGGUGCUGGAGCUGCUGGGGCCCAGCCUGGAGGAUCUGUUCGACCUGUGUGACCGAACCUUCACGCUCAAGACGGUUCUCAUGAUCGCCAUUCAGCUGAUCACCCGCAUGGAGUACGUGCACACCAAGAGCCUCAUCUACCGUGACGUGAAGCCCGAGAACUUCCUGGUGGGGCGGCCGGGCAGCGAGCGGCAGCACUCGGUGCACAUCAUUGACUUCGGCCUGGCCAAGGAGUACAUUGACCCUGAGACCAAGAAGCACAUCCCGUACCGCGAGCACAAGAGCCUGACGGGCACGGCACGCUACAUGAGCAUCAAUACACAUCUGGGCAAAGAACAGAGCCGCCGCGACGAUUUGGAGGCACUGGGCCACAUGUUCAUGUACUUCCUCCGCGGCAGCCUGCCCUGGCAGGGGCUCAAGGCUGACACGCUCAAGGAGCGCUACCAGAAGAUUGGGGACACCAAGCGGGCCACACCUAUUGAGGUGCUGUGCGAGAGCUUCCCUGAGGAGAUGGCCACAUACCUGCGCUACGUGCGGCGCCUGGACUUCUUCGAGAAGCCGGACUAUGAUCACCUGCGCAAGCUCUUCACAGACCUCUUUGACCGCAGCGGCUUCGUGUUCGACUACGAGUACGACUGGGCUGGGAAGCCGCUGCCCACGCCCAUCGGCUCUACUCUCAGUGAGCAGCUCACGCAGUGCCAGGCACGGGAAAAGCCCCAGCUCUACUGCAAGAACCAGGCGCUGAACUCCACUAACGGGGAACUCAACACCGACGACCCCACUGCCGGCCACUCUAACGCCCCCAUCACUGCGCCUGCCGAGAUGGAGGUGGCGGAGGACACCAAGUGCUGCUGUUUCUUCAAGCGAAGAAAGAGGAAAUCGCUGCAGCGCCACAAGUGAGGUCGCCGGGUGCCCACAGCGCCGUGUGCACCUGCCAAGGGGUCUUGCCCCCACCCACCUGCCGGCCCCAGCCCAGGUGCCGCCUUUGUGUGCUCCCCCGGGAGCUGAGACUCUAGCGGGGUGGAGCGUGUCAGUGAGCACUAGCCUGGCCACCCAUCUCUAUAUACAGCCGCUCCCUACGUCCAAAGGCAAUUUCUCCAGGGCUGCCGUGGCAUGGGCGAGGCGGCCCCCAACCAAAAUGCUGCACCAAAGCCAGGCAGGCUGGGUGUGGCCCUGCUGCUCCAGACCAGGGUGGCCCUGGGGGCCCAGCACCAGCCAGCUGGGCCCAGCCGGGAGACAAGCGCCUUAAAGCCCAGCCCAGCCCCGCGGGCGGGCGCCUACCGGGCGGGCGGGCAGGGUUGCCGGGGCACAGCGCAGGGGGCCUGGUGGGCGCAGGAACGCGGUCCUGCUUUACCGAGUGUACAGAAAUGGCACUUCCUUCUCCAUGCUUCCUGGAAGCCAUAGAAUUUAGGGGCUUUUUUACAAAAUAAACAAAACGAAACCAAAAAAAAAAAAAAAAAAAAAAAAAAAACCAAA